AUGUUUCGUAAUCUUAGCAGUCAACUGGCAGGUGCAUCCGGAGCAAACGCAGACACCAAGAAGGAAAUGUCGCCGUCACUUCGUCCAGACAUAUAUAACUUGAUAGACAAGGCAAAGCAAUGGAUGAUAGGCGGAAAUGGUGGAGGAGGUCAGGCAGGGGAUGGCGUAUCCUAUAGUCCCCUUUUAGCGGUCAUCCAGAAGCAUUUGCCUAAUACGAAGAAACCCGGACUAGAGUCCUUCGGGCAGGCAGAGGGCGAAAUCGCGGUUAUUGUGGGGGGCAUUACCAACAUGAUUUUGGAAUUGAGCAAGUGGGAAGGUUUGUCGGCAGGGAUGGCCAUGCGCACAUGGGUCGACUCGCUUGUCGAAGCCCGUAACAAGGCUUCUAGCCAGACCAGGAUCGACUUAAUCGCCAAAGGCGUCACCCGAGGGCUUAACCAGUACACCGACGUGACACUUCUGACAAAGGACUUCACUACUCGAAUCCAAAUUAUAUCCUGUCUGAAGACUGUUAGCUCGAGAAUAUAUGGUGCCGGAACCGAUGAAGCCAGGCAAAGCGAAGCUAUGUGGAGUUCGAAGUUCAUUUAA